AUGUCUGUGGCCAGCCUGGUCCUGGAGGAGCCGCUGGCUGGUGCAUGGCUGUCAGUCAGUGAGGUGGUUGGCGGACCCAUGGCCUUGGUGGCAAGCGUGCAGCACCUGGCACCCCUGCUGAACUCCAUGCUGACCUCUGAGCAGCCUCGAAUGCACCUCCAGUACCACCAUGCUAGCCUGGAGGUGCGGCGCCUACGCCUGAGGGAGGCCAGCAUGGAGGGCUACGUGUUCACGGUGCCCGGCGGGCAUCCAGAGGGGCCUGGCCACAUCCGCAUCCCCGCUGCUGAAGUGAGGCGGCUCCUCGGGAAAGGCCUCUCUGGAGUCACUGUGAUCCACAGCUGGUUCAGCUCGAGUGUCUUCCAGCACACCCUGGGGGCCAUUGGCCAGGAGCCUCGGGCUCCUGACAGUCCUGAACAAACAAGCAGAAUGCAGAGAUUCCUAAGCACCCAGGUGGGGUCAGCCAUCAUCUCCUCUGAGGUGUGGGAUGAAACUGGAGAGGCCAACACAGCUGUGACCUUUCACCUGCAACACCAGACCCAGGCCUUCCCUCCGAAGCUGGUGGAGCCUGUCUGUGCUUUCUGGAACUUCAGUAUCAGCCCAGGCUCAGGGGGCUCCUGGGCCACCACUGGCUGCUCCGUGACUGCCCUGUACCAGGGCUCGACUGCCUGCUUCUGCAACCACAGCACCAACUUUGCCGUCCUGUUGCAGGUGUAUGACGUCCAGAGAGGCCCUGAGGAGGAGUCACUGCUGAGGACGCUCUCAUUUGUGGGCUGUGGUGUGUCCUUCUGUACCCUUUCCACCACCUUCCUGCUCUUCCUGGCGGCUGGGGUCCCCAAGUCAGAGCGGGCCACGGUCCACAAGAACCUCACCUUCUCCCUGGCCUCCGCCGAGGGCUUCCUCAUGGCCAGCGAGUGGGCAAAGGCCGACAAGGUGGCCUGCGUGGCCGUCACAGCUGUGAUGCACCUUCUCUUUCUGGCCGCCUUCUUCUGGAUGUUGGCGGAGGGGCUGCUGCUGUGGAGCAAGGUGGUGGCCGUGAGCAUGCGCCCGGGCCCUCGGAUGCCGCUCUACUACGCCACGGGCUGGGGUGUGCCUGUGGCCAUCGUGGCCAUCACCCUGGCUAUGUCCCCACAUGACUACGUGGCCACUGGGCACUGCUGGCUCAACGUGCACACAGACGCCAUCUGGGCCUUUGUGGGGCCCGUGCUCUUCGUGCUGACCGCCAACACCUGCAUCCUGGUCCGCGUGGUGAUUGUCACCGUAUCCAGUGCCCGCCGCCACGCCCGCAUGCUGAGCCCGCAGCCCUGCGUGCAGCAGCAGCUCAGGAUCCAGAUGUGGGCCACGGUGAAGCCGGUGUUGGUCCUGCUGCCUGUCCUGGGCCUGACUUGGCUGGUGGGCUUGCUGGUGCACCUCAGCCCCGCCUGGGCUUACGCCGCCGUGGGCCUCAAUUCCCUGCAGGGGCCGUACAUCUUCCUGGUCUAUGCCGCCUACAACGGAGAGGUCCGGAGCGCCCUGCAGAGGAUGGCUGAGAAGAAGGCAGCAGAGGCAUUCACGGCUCGCUCCAGUCCCACGGGCCCGGGGUUCCACUCUAGACCCUCAUGUCCCUGGGAGGUGGCCAGGGACGACCCCAGAGUCUUGGCUCCACCCCAGAGACACCUGGCUCUUAGAGGAACCCACGGCCCCAGGAUCCCCACAACCUUCUCCUCCAUUGCAGAACCCGAGAGACCGGCAGUGGAGCUGACAGCGUUCAAGGCUUCCGGUACGGCUCCCACACCCCAGGUGGGGAGGGGAAUGUCCCCCUUUUCCCCUUGGUGUCCGGACACUCCCUCAGCCCCACUGUGUGGAAAUGGAAGUGAUUUGAGAAGCAGCCCCACCCAGCCUCCCACAAUUUGAGCGGCUCUUCCUGUCUCACUCUGCUCCUUGUUGGUGCCUAAAAUUCCCCCGCUAGCGCCCGGGGGGCUCGGUCAGUGCUCUGGGGAGAGGCUUUCUUAGGCAGUAAGUUUGGGACCCCUUCCCCAGCCAGUGCUGCCAGGAUGGCAGGGAUCCACGGGCCUGCCUUCCUCUGUGCGCCCCACGCCCAGCCUCCCCACCUCACCCGCUCUCAGCGCUCUGGCCAGGUGCGCGGUGGUCUGAGAGUUCUUCCAAACCCAACGAGGAGCAAGUGCUUUCCCCAAGGCCUCAG